AUGGGUGAACGGAAAGGACAAAACCUAUAUUAUCCCCCCGACUAUGACCCUAAAGUCGGGGGGCUAAAUAAAUUUAUGGGGACACAUGCCCUACGAGAGAGAGCAAGAAAACUGCACAUGGGUAUACUUAUCAUAAGAUUCGAAAUGCCCUACAACAUCUGGUGCGAUGGAUGCAACAACCAUAUUGGAAUGGGGGUUAGAUAUAAUGCUGAAAAGACAAAAAUUGGCAUGUACUACAGCACUCCGGUAUACCAAUUCCGAAUGAAAUGCCACUUAUGUGAUAACCAUUUUGAAAUAAAGACAGAUCCUGGGAAUUUAGACUAUGUCAUUGUAUCGGGAGCAAGACGUCAAGAAAAUAGAUGGGACCCAACAGAAAAUGGUCAGAUUGUACCAGAGACCAAGGAGACCCAAAAACGUCUCUUUGACGAUGCAAUGUUUCGUCUCGAACACAAAACUGGUGAUAUGGACUCCAGUAAACUUGAGAAACCAAGACUUGGACGUCUGGUCGGCAGGAAUGAAUCAGUAUGGAAAGAUGAUUAUGAAGCCAAUUGCUCUUUAAGGAGAAAUUUCAGAAAAAGGAGAAAAGAAUUAGAAGCAUCAGCUGUCAAUGACAACUUGCUGUUGGCUAAAUCUUCUCUAGACAUACAACUACUACCUGAAUCUGAAGAUGAUAGGAAUAUGGCUGCACUUUUAUCUUUAAGACCAUCGAGAAGCAUUGAGGAGUCUCAAAGUGAAACGAGAACAAAAAUACUAAAUACACCGGCUCUACCCAGUUCCAGCGGUCUAUUGACUAGCUUUGGUGGUCUUAAGAAGGAAGAAUCACUUAGUAAAAGUAUGUCUUUGAGCAGAAACUUAUUAGGCAUCACUAUAAAAAAAUCCAAGAAAGAAGACACAGAUUCAAAUAAAGAUAAUCCAAUAAAAUCUGUAAUACCUGAAGAAAUUAACUCUGAAGUUCAUGAUGAUAAAGAAACUUCUGUCUUAGAAAAUAAUAAACCUAAAAUUUCUUUGGUAUGCGACUACAGUUCAAGCGAAAAUUCUGAAUAA